AUGAAUUUAUCAAGUCAACUGCGUGCAUAUGGUGGAAUUAGAGGAGAAUAAUAUUGCCGAUAUUGAGGAUUUGAUAUCUCCCGAAGAUAUUAAGCCAAUUGAAAGAUAUCAGAAUAAAAAGAAUGUUACCGUAAGAGCAAAGAAGCGUAGUGCCGUUAAACUUAGCGCCGAAGUAAGCGAGGAGCUAACGCCUAAGAUCAUUCAACAAAGUAUAAUUCCUGGCUCGCAAAAAGUAUACGUGAAGACAUGGGGCUGUUCACAUAACAAUUCUGAUAGCGAAUAUAUGGCCGGACAGCUGGCCGCCUAUGGUUACCAAUUAACGGACGUGAAAGAUAAAGCUGACUUAUGGCUUCUGAAUAGCUGCACUGUAAAAAACCCUUCAGAAGAUACCUUUCGCAAUGAAAUCGAAAAUGGUAUGCGUAAUGGUAAGCAUGUAGUAGUGGCCGGUUGCGUACCUCAAGGAGCACCUAAAGCUGAUUAUUUGCGAGGUCUUUCUGUGAUAGGAGUGCAACAGAUUGACAGAGUCGUUGAGGUAGUGGAAGAAACUUUGAAAGGUCAUAGCGUGCGUUUGCUCCAAAAUAAAAAACAACAGGGAAAGCGUUUAGGCGGAGCAAAUUUAGCUUUACCAAAAGUUCGCAAGAAUCCUUUGAUUGAAAUAAUACCAAUAAAUACUGGUUGUUUAAAUCAAUGUACUUAUUGCAAGACUAAGCAUGCUCGGGGUGAUUUGGCUAGUUAUCCGCCUGAGGAAAUAAUAGCAAGAGCCCAACAGUCUUUUAAUGAAGGUUGCUGUGAGAUUUGGCUAACUUCCGAAGAUACCGGUGCAUACGGGCGUGAUAUUGGGUCGUCUUUACCAGAGUUAUUAUGGCAACUUGUUGAUGUUAUACCCGAGAAUUGUAUGCUACGUGUUGGUAUGACAAAUCCACCAUAUAUACUUGAGCACCUAGAGGAAAUAGCCAAGAUAUUAAAGCAUCCACGAGUGUAUUCCUUCCUUCACGUGCCUGUGCAAAGCGGCAGUGAUGCAGUCUUGGGCGAUAUGAAACGUGAAUAUUGCCGUGAAGACUUUGAGCAAGUGGUGGAUUUUUUACGCGCCAAAGUACCAAAAGUGACUAUAGCUACAGAUAUCAUUUGCGGUUUUCCCGGCGAAACGGAGAAGGAUUUUGAAGAAACUAUUAAUUUGUGCGAAAAAUACCAAUUUCCUAGCUUAUUUAUUAAUCAAUUUUACCCCAGACCUGGUACACCGGCGGCGAAAAUGUCAAGAAUACCUGCUAAUUUGGUGAAAAAGCGCACAAAGCGUUUAACGGAACUGUUUAACAGUUAUUAUCCCUAUAAGGGACGUGAGGGGGAAAUAUACAAUGUUUUGGUUACAGAAAUAUCCCACGAUAAGCGACACUACGUCGGUCAUAAUAAGAGUUAUGAACAAGUAUUGUUGCCUAUGAGGAAAAAUUUGUUGGGAACCUCAGUAAGGGUACGCAUCACCGGCACUACAAAGUUUAGCAUGAGUGCGGAAUUGUUGGAUGAGGAGACCGAUUGGACACGUUGCAGUCAAUCGUCACAAACAGCGAAUUGGAAUAAGAGCAAUCUUUGCAUUAAUGAACCACUCAAGCAGAAAUGUUUAGGCUCAGUGUUGUUAAUGGGUUUCGUGGCUUUCAUUUUCCAAUGGUUGUGGAGGCACUUAUGAAUUGCAAAACAAAUAAAGAGAUGAUACUAUAGAA